AUGAACGCCGCGGUGACAAACAUGGCUGUUAUGUUCGGCGCCAUGCAGGUGGCCAAGCGCAUUCCAUUCGACGAAAACCCAGAGUAUGUGCGAUACGCACAGCUCGUCUACGUCACAUCGCAGCUCUUGUGUCUGGCCGUGUUUUACUACUGCAGCAUUCAGAUCAAGCGCAAGAACGACUUGACAGUGCUCAAGUAUGUUAAUGCAAAGAAUCCUAUGUCGCAGGACCCUGGUGAGCUCGUGACAACGACGCACCGCGACUAUGACCUCUCUGAAAUUAGCAAGAGUAUGCGUGGUAUUCUGAUGGGCUCGUUGAUGGUGGGUCUGAUGCACUUGUACUUUGGCUACACGAACCCUCUCGUGAUCCAGAGUAUUCUUCCUCUGAAAAAUGCCAUGGAGUCCAACAUGGCCAAGAUCUGGAUCUGGGGUAUGCCUGCCACGGGCGAUCUUAAGCGGCCUUUCAAGCCGCCCGCAGGUCUGUUUGGCGGCAUGCAGCAGCAAAAUGGACCUCAGACGGACAAGGCUUCAAUCAAAGAGGCUGAAAAAGUGGCUGCUUCGAUUCGUGCCAAGGACGAGUAA